AUGUGGUUCCUGAUCCUGUUACUAGCCCUGUCCCUAGGAGGGAUUGAAGCUGCACCUCCUGUCCAGUCUCGAAUUGUUGGAGGAUAUAACUGUGAGAAGAAUUCCCAACCCUGGCAUGUGGCUAUUUACCGCUUCACCAAAUAUCAAUGUGGGGGAGUCCUGUUGGACCGCAACUGGGUUCUCACGGCUGCCCACUGCUAUAANGACCUGAUGAUGGACCACAUCCCACAACCUGAGGAUGACUACAGCAAUGACCUGAUGCUGCUCCGCCUCAGCAAGCCUGCUGACAUCACAGAUGUUGUGAAGCCCAUCGACCUGCCCACUGAGGAGCCCAAGCUGGGGAGCACAUGCCUUGCCUCAGGCUGGGGCAGCACUACACCCACCAAAUUCCAAUACGCAGAUGAACUCCAGUGUGUGUCCAUCAAGCUCCUGCCUAAUGAGGACUGUGCCAAAGCCCACACAGAGAAGGUGACAGAUACCAUGCUGUGUGCAGGGGACAUGGAUGGAGGCAAAGACACUUGUGCGGGAGACUCUGGAGGCCCACUGAUCUGUGAUGGUGUUCUCCAAGGUAUCACAUCGUGGGGUGGUGCCCCAUGCAGUAAAGCCAAUGUGCCGGGUAUUUACACCAAAAUUAUUAAGUUUAACUCCUGGAUAAAAGACACUAUAGCUAAAAAUGCCUGA